GCCAGCAGAACAACAGCACACACCCGAAAUUUGAGAGCAGGAACCAGUAUGGAUGAGCUCGAUUUACUGUUGGAGGAGCUGGCUUUGAACCCAUCAGGUUCUAACAAUCUCCAAGAAAACAAUGGAAGCAUUGCAGCUGGUGGACAGGCGCCAGGUGCCAUCCUUUGUGGACUCAAUAAAAAAGAGUCAAGCUCAGUUGGUUCUAAUGUCUACAGUGAUCUCCCUACUCCUGUUGCAGUUGCACUGCCCCCUGACUCUCCCACUCAAGAGUUGGACUCCAUCUUAGAAGAUCUGAUGGGUUUAGCAGAAGGGAACCACUCACCGCCACCAAUCCCACCACCUCUGGCACAGAAGCAAUCUGCAAAGAUGAAAAAAGAGGGUGGGAGACUGGAUCAUAAGGAAGACAGCGGCCUUGCAGGUUCAGAUUCAAAACCCUGCACUCAGAAACAACAGAACAACAAAACAGAUUCCAUAGAUGACCUGCUGGGAGGUCUGAGUUCUGACCUGGAGAAGAUUGGUGUACGCACCACUGCCAAAGGCCACUGUGCUGCAUGCAACAAAGGGAUUGUGGGAAAGAUGAUCACAGCGCUGGGUGAAGUGUGGCACCCUGAGCAUUUUGUAUGUGUGGCAUGUAAAAUGGAGUUAAGCACAACAGGCUUCUUUGAAAGAGAGGGACGACCUUACUGUGACAAAGACUAUCAUCAGCUCUUUUCUCCACGCUGUGCCUACUGCAAAGGGCCAAUAAUACAGAACAUCCUGACAGCUCUGGACCAGACUUGGCAUCCGGAGCAUUUCUUCUGCACACACUGUGGAGAUCUGUUUGGGCCAGAGGGUUUCCUUGAAAAGGAUGGCAAACCGUACUGCUGCAAGGACUUUUAUCACCUCUUUGCUCCCAAGUGCUCAGGCUGCGGGGAGCCCGUGAGAGAAAACUACCUGACUGCAGCCAAUGGCACCUGGCAUCCAGAGUGCUUCGUCUGCGCAGACUGUCUGAAGCCGUUUACCGAUGGUUGUUUCAUGGAACUGGAUGGUCGACCUCUCUGUUCCCUGCACUUUCACUCCAGGCAGGGGACCCUUUGUGGGGGCUGUGGGGAGCCUAUUACUGGCCGCUGCGUCUCGGCUCUCGAUCGAAGAUUUCAUCCUGAGCACUUUGUUUGUGCCUUUUGUCUGCGGCAGCUCAACCAAGGCAUCUUCAAGGAGCAGAAAGGAAAGCCCUACUGUACAGCUUGCUUCAACAAGCUCUUUCUAUAAGACAUUUACAGCAAGUCACUUAAAGAUAAAGCAACGGGCUUAAGGGGAAAAGUCAGGUCAGCAAAAAAAUAAUCAAUGGGUCAUUACAGUAUCUAUACCUAAAAAUAAUAUGUUUGUGGUGACUUAAUCAAUUUAGCGUUAAUCAGUAAAAAAAUAAAAACUGUAAUUUUUGUCACAAUCACUGAGUACGGGAACGGACAUUUUUGCUGAAAGAUAGUAACACCUCACUCCUAACAUCUUCUGGCAGUGAUGUCACGGUGCCGUAAGCCAAAGGCCAUCCUCCCCGCUUUACAAGCAAAAUCAAAGGGAACUAUUAUACACACCUGCAAUCAACAUCAAAUAUUUUAGAUUUCGGGAGGACUUCGCAAUUAAAAUUCUUGAGAGCUAUAGGUAAAGUCACAACCCCCAUGUGCAUGGCAGUUGGACGUUGUAAUUCAUCGGGUAAAAGUGAGCAAUAAAUUGGUUAUUUCAGCUUUCCGAUUCAUGAUGCUCCAUGGACGGGUUUGUCAUUGGAUUGCUUACUUGAAGAGGGAGGAUUUGCCAUCAAAUUUCUUGCCAGAGAAAAAACACGUAAUAUGUAGCCAACAUUUCCAAAAAUAAUUAUUUGGAUAAUAGCAUAUUGUGACAAUCACCAGAUACAGCAUUGGGACUUGCUCAACAGCCGAUACAGCACCGUGACAUCACAAACCGGUGGGUGGCGAUAGUGUUCUUUAACAAACAUGGAUGUCUCCAGUAAAGCAUGUUCAAAUUAAAUUACUCUUAAUUAAAAACAUUUAUCAUUUAUUGAUAAGUAUGCAAUAAUUUCAUAUUUGAAAUACUUUCAGAAGUUUGAAUUCUGAAUAUGACCAAACUUUUCACUUAACUUUAUUGGGAUUAAAUGGCCGUUUUCCUACAUGCAACACAUCCCAUGCAUAAGUUGUACCAUAGAUUUGAUGUAACCGAACAACAAAGAAUAGUGGAAACUGUUGUGGAUCUUCUAUUUAGCCGCCUUCACCCACAGACGCAUUUUAACCUAAAUAAAAAUAUAUCUUCCCCAUGAA